UCGAAACCGGAAAUAGCGUUUCUCCAUCGUCAACAAAUACAACAUGUGCAGCAUCGUGUGUGUUGGUUGUUGAAGUUGUAGAACACAAUGUCGGACGCUAAUUUUAGAAGAUGUCUGCAGGCUCUGAGGUCGGCUCAGUCGGAUAAUGAACGGUUUGCCGCAUUGAUGAUGGUGACCAGGGCUGUGAAGGAGGAGGACUGUGAUGAGGACAUGAAGAGAGAGAUGCUGGAUGCCCUGGGGUUCCGCUUCCUCACACGGCUCAUGAAGACAGCCAGUGUUCCUGAAGGAUGUCCUUCCACCAUCUUCAAGUCCAUCGCUCUCAGCAUCCUGGCCAGCUUUGCCCAGGACACACAAGUGCUGUCCAACAAAGAGAUGAAAAAACAAGUGUCAGUGUUGAAUGAGAUCAUCCUCUGCAAUAUCAGUGGAGACGACACUGACAUGGAGGCCAGCCUGCUGUCUGACUGCUAUGACUGUCUGCAGGGCAUGAUACUCUCUCCGGUUAGCAGACAGUAUCUCAUACAGGGUGGGUCUGUGUCAGCCCUGGUGGAAGUCAUCGUCUCCCAACAAACAGGACAUGACAAGGCCAGGGACUUGGUGGUGGAGCUGCUGAGGUGGGAGAGGGCAGGGGUGUGGGCGGGGCGCCCAGGGGAUGCACAGAAGUUGCUGCAGUGUCUGGUAUCCAGAUUCAAGGAAAAGCAGGAUGCAACCAAGUUUGAAAUUGGUGAAGUUCUGACAUUUGUACUAUCCACAGUAGAGAAGGAGGAAGACGAAUGCAAGUCACCAUGGUUACAGGAUCUGGUGCUGGAGGUCUACAGUAUCAUCAGAAGUAAACUCGACAGUAGACUGAGGGACUCCACGCUGUGUCUGGCUGCCUCCCUGGUCAGCUGUCAGGGCAUUGCCUGUCUCCUGCCUCCUGUCACUGACGACCUCAAGAUGCUUCUGUUGCUCACUCACAUGGCCUGCAUAGAGGUCAGGAUGGUGCUUGAGGAUGGUCGAAUUGAACAGGUGAAGAGUAAAGCCGGCGUGGUGUGUUCCUGUUACGGCCUCCUGGAGAACAUCAUUGGUCACAUGACUGCCGGCAUCUCCCUGGGGCUGGAGAAGAAGCAGGUGCUGCAGCUGCACUCCGCCAUGCUCGGUGCCUUCAACAGCGUCAUCUUCUUCCUGUCACAGGUGUCGCAACAGGAGAUAGAGAUGUCCAGGACGUCCCUGCUGGUGACGGCGUCAGUGCGGGUGCUGGGGGCGUGGCUCGCAGAGGAGACGUCUGCACUCCGUGAGGAGAUAUACAACCUGCUUCCAUUCCUUGUACAGAUAUGCAAAGCUCAAGUGCAAGGUAUUCAAGGAGAAUAUGAAGAGACACCAGAGACAAUACCCAGUCUAGACAGCCUGACCCUGGGUGCCCAGCCUCACCUAGAGACGCAGCCGACAGUUACUCAGGAGGAGGAGGUCACAUCAAAGAACACAGAUGGGGAUCAAGCAGCAAGUUCUGAAGGUCAAGGUCAGAAGUCUGUCCGGUUUGACCCAGCUACUACAGAAGGUGAAGGACAUCCUGUGUUGAGUGCAGACAGCCCCCAGUUCUCUGGGAUGGACCAGUGCAAGGACCAGUGUACGGACCAGUGCAAGGACCAGUGCAAGGACCAGUGCAUGGACCAGUCCGUGGACCAGUGCGUGGACCAGUGCUGCACCUCAGAGCAGUGUUCCAGCAUAGAGCAGUGCUGCGGUGUGGAUCUGGUGCGGUUCCUCCUGCCAGGUUUCUGCCACCUCACUGCAGAGGACAAGUCACGGACUAUUUUGUUGGGUGAAAGUAUUCACGUGUUUCUGCUGGAGUAUUUCCGCCAACAGAUGCUAUACUUCCUGGACAACAGGGAUGACCUUGAUACUAAGGACUGUAUCGCCAGCCUGUGUGGGAUAUUCCUGAACCUGUCGGUCACCGAGCCGGACACAGCCUCCUCCCACCACACAUUUCACCGGCUCCUGGACAUGGUCUGCCACUAUCUUACCAAAACAGUGCACGACUUCAAUCUGCUGGUCAUGUCGGGAAACUUUGUCACCAUCGGGCUCAUGCUGCUUCGGCACCAGAAACACAGAACAGACAUCCAGCCCGAAGGGAGGGACCAGUUCUUAGCAGGGAGUAUCAGCUUCCUGAGCAAGUGUCACUGUCGCGUCAGUCAGAAGCCCCCUGCCCUGGGAGUGUCGGAGACGUAUCGGGCAGUGUGGGAGGACAUCUCGGAGCUGUGGUUCCUCUCCAUCCAAGGUCUCUGUGCCCUGGUACCGCUCUACCCAGAUGUGGCCAAACUGCUCCUCAAGUCCGGCUGGUUGCCUGCACUCAUCAGAAUGUUGCUUGGGGUCAAAGGAGAAGGAGUCGACCCUGAUACGGAGACAGCCUUCCUGUCCCUAAUCCUGACCCUCGCCUCCCGGGAUAAACCUGCCAGACUCGUCAUCAGGGAAAAGAGGGGCAUCGAACUUGCCCAUAUGUACCACUGUGAGGACCUGGAGAAGGCCUUGACCGAUGCGUGAUGAAGCCCGCAUCAUCCACCAACAGCUAGACCAGCAUCCCGCCUUCACAGACUAGCCAUGUGACAGAUGACGUAGGAGACUAGGAUAUAAUAGUUCCUCCUUUGUAUCUUCCCC